CGUGUAAAGUCGGCAUUUCGCACAAUAUAAAUUCUUUACGGCUCACAUUGUUGAUACACAUUUUAAACCGACACGUAAGUGCGGCAGAUAGUUGCCAUUUCAUCAAAAGAGAUCGAGAGAGAUUAACCAAAGCCACCAUGAUGCAAUUUCCAAGUGCAUCAAGCAUCUUGAUGCUGACGCUGUUUUCCGUCAGCUGCGUCAAUGCAUUUUACUCACCCAGCGAUGGCGUCGUCGAAUUGACGCCCACAAAUUUCGAUCGCCUAGUCACACAGGACGAUGCCAUCUGGGUUGUGGAGUUCUUUGCUCCGUGGUGUGGUCACUGCCAGUCUCUGGUGCCCGAGUACAAGAAGCUGGCCAAGGCGCUGAAGGGUGUGAUUAAAGUGGGUUCCGUCAAUGCCGAUGACCACAAAGAGCUGGGUGGCCAAUUUGGUGUACGUGGCUUCCCCACCAUCAAAAUCUUUGGCGCUAACAAGCGAUCCCCAAGUGAUUACAACGGACAACGCACUGCCAGCGCAAUUGCGGAGGCGGCUCUCGCCGAGGCCAAGAAGAAGGUGAACGCCGCAUUUGGAGGUGGAAGCGGAGGCGGAAGCUCGUCUGGCUCAAAGGGUGAUGUCAUCGAACUAACCGAAGAUAACUUUGACAAAUUGGUGCUCAACUCCGAUGACAUUUGGUUGGUGGAGUUCUUUGCUCCAUGGUGCGGUCACUGCAAGAACCUUGAACCUGAAUGGGCCAAGGCAGCCAAGGAGCUGAAGGGCAAGGUCAAGCUGGGUGCUCUCGAUGCCACAGCUCAUCAGGGCAAGGCUGCCGAAUAUAAUGUGCGUGGUUAUCCUACCAUCAAGUUCUUCGCCGCCGGCUCAAAGCGUGCUAGCGAUGCACAGGAAUACGACGGCGGACGCACUGCCUCCGACAUCAUUAGCUGGGCCAGCGACAAGCAUGUGGCCAAUGUGCCGCCACCAGAGCUGCUAGAGAUCACCGACGAAUCGAGCUUCGACAGCGCCUGCGAGGGCAAGCCAUUGUGUGUGGUCUCCGUGUUGCCGCACAUCCUCGACUGCAAUGCCAAGUGCCGCAACAAGUUCCUCGACACACUGCGUUCGCUGGGCGACAAGUUCAAGCAGAAGCAGUGGGGCUGGGCCUGGGCCGAAGGUGGUCAACAGUCCGCAUUGGAGGAAUCGUUGGAAGUGGGCGGUUUCGGUUAUCCCGCGAUGGCUGUGGUCAACUUUAAGAAGAUGAAAUUCUCGGUGCUCAAGGGUUCAUUCUCCGCCGAUGGCAUCAAUGAGUUCCUGCGUGACAUCUCAUAUGGACGUGGACACACGGCACCAGUGCGUGGCGCCAAGAAGCCAGCGAUUGUCAGCGUCGAUGCCUGGGAUGGGAAGGAUGGACAGCUGCCCACCGAGGAGGACAUCGAUCUGAGUGACUUCAACAUGGACGAUGAUGUCAAGGAUGAGCUGUAGAGCUGUUGAGCUCAACCGAGCUGUAACGGACAAAACUUAUUCCACAAAGACUGCAGUGUUCAGGCUACAUUUUCCACUAAACAAAACAAAAAAACGAUCCGCUCAAUGAAUAUUCCACCAAAUUGUCGCGAGUGUGAUCGAGACUCUGAAUACGAGAACUGAGUAUUCACAUUUUUCUACUAUCCAAUUGCGAUCAAUAAAAAGCAUGCAAAUAAACUAAUUACUACUAACUAAAAAAA